CCGCGAGGGGCGGCGCGCGCGUGCGGGCGGGCAGGCGUGCAAGGGGCCGAGGCUGGAGAGGAAGCGGCGGUCCUGGCAAGGAGGAAGGAGCCUCCCCUCGGCUCGGCCCCCUGCCCGUUUCCCACCGCCUCCCGCGGCCUCCAGCGCCGCCGGCACGGGCGCAGCAGGCGGCACGAUGCAGGGCGGGGGUCCCCGGGGCGCUCCGGUCUACGGCCGGAGCCACGGCGCAGACAGUGGGCAUGGCUCGCCGCCUGGGGCAGCCCCUCAGAGGCGGCGGCUGACACGGAGACCAGGCUACAUGAGAAGCACGGCCGGUCCCGGGAUCGGGUUCCUUUCUCCAGCAGCGAGCAUGUCAUGCCAGAUCUCAGCAGGGCCGGCAGGCCAGGAGUCUCACGACUCACAGUCCAGGGCUGGACAGUGUGGCCUCAACCCCAGCAGCCACUGUCAGGUGGUGGACAGCUCCUUUCUCAGGAGCUCGCUUGCCCCUGCUGUGGCCUCUGUGGGUGGCUCGCACCCAGCCCAGAGCUCUAGGAGAGAAACACCAGUGCACUUUGCGAUUCACUCCAGAAAUGGCAACAAACUGCCUGAGAGGCUAACCAGGCCAUGUAGGCCUGGGGACAGUGGAUGUUGGCAAGACUUUUUGUCUUCUGACAGCCCUAAGUCCCUGGCCCCUGGCCUUGAUGUAGCGUGGAGCGAGGGGUCGAGGGGCCUGAAGACUGUGAAAGCUCUGGCAUCACCGGAGUUGAAUGGCUCUGCUGACAUCCCAGCUCUUCCUGGCUCCCAAGACACCUUUACAUCCAACUUCAGCUUCAUCCGACUCUCCCUUGGUGCUGCUGGAGAACGUGGAGAAGCAGAAGGUUGCCUACCAUCUAGAGAGGCUGAGUUCCUUCAUCAGAGCCCCCAAGACAUGGCAGCUGAAGCGUCCAGCUCAGGCAGGCCCGCUGAGGACCCUCGACAUCUCUGGACCUUCAGUCUUCAAGCUACUUCAGGCUUGGUGGACUUGGAUCAGUUGACAGGGAGCAGCAGCAAUCCAGAACGUGGCAUGGUCUCUCCCUUGGAUACUGGCUUCUCAUCCCAGGACCCGACCUCAGCUGGUGGGUGGGGCGACCAGGGCAGCGACUGGGCAGAUACCCGUGGAUGGGAUUCAUUGCUCAGCGAAUGGGAGCCCGUGCUACAGGACUACCUACUGAGUAACCGCAGGCAGCUGGAGGUCACUUCCUUAAGUUUAAAGCUUCAGAAACUUCAAGAAAAAGCCAUUGAGGAUGGUGAUUACGAUAAAGCAGAGACACUGAGACAGCGAUUGGAAGACCUGGAACAGGAGAAAGACCAUCUGCCUUGGGUUCUGCCUUCACAACAACCACCUCUUGCCAGCUUCUUGGGCUUCCUAGCAGCACAGACCCGGGUGGCCUUGCACGGAGCCACCCAAAGGGCUGGCAUCAAUGACCCAGAGGCCCCACUUGAAGGAGAGCCAAGGACCGCUGCCCAGGACAGCCUGCCUGCAUCCAUCACCAGGCGGGACUGGCUUAUUCGAGAGAAACAGCAAUUGCAGAAGGAAAUCGAAGCUCUGCAAUCGAGGAUGUCUGCGCUGGAGGCUGAAGAACAGCAGCUGAGUCAAGCGUUGGAGGGGCAGGAGACACUGCUCCAGGAGCAGGGCUGUGACCUGACGCCACUGGUGGCCCAGCUGUCCCCGGGCCAGCUGCAGGAAGUCAGCAAGGCCUUGGGAGAGACCCUGACCUCUGCCAGCCAGGCUCCUUUCCGAGUGGAGCCACCUGAAACCCUCAGGAGCCUCCGGGAAAGGACAAAAUCGCUGAACCUGGUUGUUAGAGAAAUCACCGCUCAGGUGUGCUCAGGUGAGAGAUUGUGCAGCUCUCUGAGGAGGAGACUCAGUGACCUUGACGCCAAGCUGCCUGCCUUGCUGGAAGCCAAGGUGCUGGCCCUCUCAGGAAGCCACUUCUGUACAGCUAAGGAGCUCAUGGAGGAGAUUGGGGCGCUGUCGUCAGAGCGGGAAGGGCUAGAGUCGCUCCUGGGCAGACUGCUGGCCCUCAGCUCCAGGAAUGUCAGAAGGCUGGGCAGUGUCAAAGAAGACUACAUCAAGUGCCGACAGGACCUGGCACUCCAGGAAGCUGUCCACAAAGCAAGUGUGAAGGCGAACACCGUGAAGUACAUGGAAGUACUGGAGGGUCGGCUGCGCAGCUGCAGGUGCCCACUGCUUGCAAGAGUGUGGGAAGCCGACCUGGAGGCUUGUCGGCUGCUGACGCAGAGCCUGUGGCUCCAGGAAGCAGUCAGUAGUCCACAUGCAGAAGAUAAGAAGCAGGCGGACGGCACAGGAGAGACCACCCGGACAGCUGCCCUGGCUGUCCAUCCCAGACCCCACCCCGAAGAGGAGAAGACCGCCUGGCAGGUGUUCCAUGAGGGGAACACUCACUCAGCCCCCUUACCACACUGUGCUGGAGGCCAUCAAAAAGAGGAAUCUCACAUCAUCUCUGCUGAAGUUGGAGAAAAAUGUGAAGCCAUAGGCACGAGGCUCCUGCACCUCGAAGAUCAACUUCAUAGGGCGAUCCACAGUCACGAUGAAGCUGUCUUUCAGUCUCUCCAGGGGGAGCUCCAGAUGGUGAAGGAGACAUUACAGGCCAUGAUCCUGCAGCUCCAGCCACCAAAGGAGACAGGAGGAGAGACCACAGCCUCCCAUUUGACAGCUGGUGUUCAGGAAGCACAGGCCUGAGCAUGGUCUUUCUCCAUUCAAGAACCUCUGAGGGUAACCAAACCUGAGAUGGCCACUGCCCCUGCCAUGUCUCUCUACGGCCACUCCAAUGCCUGGAGCCCGGGAACCUCGGAGUCUGUGUGGGGCCUUAGCUGCCCAGGCCACUUCCCCUGGGGCUCUGCUCAGUCUCAGGAGAUUGCCCCAGGGCACCUUCACAGUACCUUGGCACCAUUGUGUUCUCCAGCCAUGACUACAGCUCAGAAAGCACACCGCUCCCACCCACCCCCAAAUUCCCACUCCCACCCCCCAAGUCUGCUGCUUCAGGUCUUUCUGAGAUUCAGGCCAGUGAGGUGGGAGGUGGGAGGAGUGUGGGGUGGGGCAGGGUGCAGGUGGGGACAGGUGACUCUUUUGAGCCAGUCUUUCUAGUUCCUACUGAACCUAUUGUUCCCUUUGGUUCCAAGGAGUCACAGAACAGUGGGGUCAUUGAGGCCAUGUGCUCCAUAACGGCAUACUCAGGUCCCCGGGGCUUGCUCCUUGGGCCCAGCUGAGACUCCUGCUGGUGGUUGUAGGCAGGUUGUCCAAGCGGGCUCACGAGGUGCACUAAGAAAGUGUGUUAGCUAGUUUUCAGUUGCUGUGAAAAACCAUUGGACAAAAGUAACUGAAGGGAGCGGGGAGGGAGGAAGGGCUGGUUUACUGUGGCUCACGUUUGAGGCUGCAGUCUAUCACAGUAGGGGAUGCGUGGCGGCAGGAACAUGGGGCGGCCGGUCACACCGCAUCCUCAGCCAGGAAGCAGAGAGAGAUGAAUGUUGUGCUUUAAUCUCGUCCUCCUUUGGAUUCAGUAAAAAAUCCCAGUCCAUGUGAUGAUGCCACCCACAUUGGCUGUGGGUAUCCCUCAGUUAAAUCUCGUUGGAAACACCCUUACAGACAUACUCAGAGUUUUGCCUUCUAGGCGAUUCUGAGUCCAGUCAAGCUGAUAAUGGAGAUAAACUACCACAAGAGGAUACCUCAGAGACACACGUCUGUAUGAUAAGAACCUGGACUCACAACUCCGGCUUGAGAGCCAAGAACAACUCGGCUAGCCACCCUGUGAGAGGGCCUGUGUGAUGGAGCCUGCCAGCUUCCAUGCAUUCUCAAUAUCCCCAAACCCGAUGGACUUUGCAUUUCUCCAUGCAAACCUGUUCAUUCCCCCAGUCUUGGGGUACAUGAUGCUGCACCCUCUGGGAUGACCCUAGUGCACCUGUCUGUAUCUUGGAAAUCAAGCCCAACUUUCUCAGCUGUUGAGCUUAGCAGAGUCUGACAUGUCUGCCCAGGAAGGCCUCUCUCAGGUGCUCUGCUGGCCUUUGUGUGGACAGGGAUCGAGACACUCUUGCCCCACUCCGGGCCCUUGGGUCCACAGCUUUUAACCCUUCCUAAUCACUCUGCCAUUUCUGGAAGGCACCUGCCGCUUCUCCAAGCCUUCCAUGCUGAGGACCACUUUGCCCUUAGUUGAAGAGAAGCCUGUUUGAAGACACAUUUUUGCAUAUUUGAAUAAGAAAUAUGUUUCGUUUGUUCCCAGAUUUGAUGUUUUGAUAAUGAACCACAUUUCUGAAUCAUUUAUAAUUGUGCCUCUGAAAGUCUGGUGAACCAGUCACAUGACUCCCAGAGCCCCCGAAUCAUUGACUUAACUCUAGUGAAGCAAAACUUGAAAUCAGGACCACCUCUUGUUGCCAAGAAUGUUCUUAACUUUGACACUUGAAAAAGCAGCUUUCCAGGCAUGAGGCGCCCGACAGUUACCACUGGCCUGAGUGGUUUAUGUUAUUCUGACACCGCCAUAACAUUCUAUGAGGUCAUGGUGCAUUUGAAAGCUUAAGGAACUGAGAAAUCUCUGGAGUCCUGAGUACAGGGGAGGGACAGCUGAGACUCCUGGGCAAAAACUGGUAUCAGCGUCAGGGCAGGUGAGUGACACUUCAGUCACGUGUUGUACCACACCUCUAGUUGUCCUCUGGUCUUAGAGUACCAUCCGGGUUGGGUGUUGAAAGGCUGGUGUUUCCUGUGGCCACACCAUCUUCUCAUGACAACCUUUCUCUCAUUAGCCACUGGAGCCCCAGGAGAUCCAGGACCUGGGUGGAUCCCCAAACUAUAGGACAGGACAGGUUUUUAUGGGGCCACAUACAAAUGUCUGAGGGAGGUUGGGGCUUGAGUUUAGACUGUUAUGAGAUGACCAAGACCCCAGCAAAGAUCUGUGUUGAAAGCGUCAGCUUCUCUUUUUUGUAACAAAUGACACAAUUUCAUUCUUCUUUAAAACAACAGCACAUACACAUAUAUCUUAUAAAUAUUCUGUAUUUCCUUAUCCAUUCAUCUGUUGAUGGACUGAUUUCAGAACCCAUCCAUGGGUACUAUCUGAUUUCACUGUGAUGUUCGGCAAGGGAGGCAGUGGCACAUGGCCACCGUGCUGCAAAGCUGGACCUCAGAGAGCAGCCAGCUUGAGCAUCUUCAUUACCUCAUCAUUGCCAGGUCUAGCUCUUGAAACUUCACGGUAUUGAUCAUUCCCCGGAUCAGGUGAAUAUGUCACAAUUGAUUCCAGUUCUGCCUUCCUUCGUAAUGAGGCUGGCUCCCUCCCCAGGAAUGGAUGUGGAUGGGCAGCACACUGAGCCCUUCACAGACAGUCCUGUAAUUGCACCUGAGGAGGUAGACUUUAGAGAUGGUGUUCAUGGGCCUCAGGAAGGCAAAGUCCCCUUCCUAAGGCUCAGAGUUGGUUUCAGAGGAGGAUCAUGGGAAUCCUAACUACCACAGGCAGCUGUUCCUAACCAAUGUCCUUCCUAAGUGCCUUUGAUGUCCUCUCUGCAUUUUGAGCUGUGAAACUCAUUCACCAGCUAAAAACUGUGACUUUCUUGUGAAUUCUGCCUGAGAGUGAGAGACACUGAACUCAGAGCAACUCAGAACCCCUCACCGCCAGCAAACCCCACUAUGUAGCCUGGGCUCUGAUUGGCUACAGCAACCCCACCCUCUGUCCACUGUUCUGACCCAGUCCUUCCCAAUCACCCCAAAGAUCAUCCCAGGAACUGCCACUCACAGCCUCAUAUUGGGUGGGUUUUCUGGAAGCUUCCUGCGUAAGUGGUGCUUCUCAGAACAUGUCCAUUUACUAUGGGCAACAUGAACAUCAUGUACAUGUUGAUGUGCUGUGGACAAUAGCAACUAUACAUACAUUGGUCAGCACCCUCUUGUGUACAUAUUUGACUUUUAUUUUUAAUACUACCACUUUAUUUGAUCUUUGAAUUUUGUCAUAUAAGUUAUUGCUUUAUUAAGUGUCCUGCUUGUUAUGUGAAAUAAAAGCUGAUAUAUCCAAGCCAUGGUGCUCCUUGGGGUCAUUUUGUAUUCUGGAGUGUAGAUGAUAAGAAUGGGUUGGAUUGUCUCACCUAUCUGUGACAAGAUAAUUAAUUAUGUUGACUUACAGGAACCCAAGUAUUUGCAAUAAAGUCUUGUUGUAAAAUC